AUGCGUCCAUCGCCCGAGUUUGUGCAGAUAUCUCCUUCUCUUCGCUACCGGCUGCUUAUGGACUACAAGUUUUACACCGAGUAUGGUGCCAGAAUGUGCAAGUCUCACCUCGAAGUGGACAAUUGGUGGCCGCUAGUCAAGCAGAUCCAGACGCCGGUUGCCCAGGACGAUUUCGAAAAGGUGACCAACCUGAUGUUCGACUUCAACCGCAAGUUCGAUCAAGAAGGCAAGCCCAAGACACUCUUCGACUUCGAUGCGCCAGAUUUCGACUGGAUCGACGACACUACAUUCAAAAGGGGGUUCAGAGACGUGAAGGUGAAGCUAGAAGAGCUUGGAUUCAGCGUCAAAAUGCCUGCAUUUUGCACGGGCAAGCAGCUGGAAACACUCGAAGCCAACCUCACGCGAACGGUGACCAAGGUCCGUUGGAUAGUGGAGCACACCUUUGGCAAGUUCAAAAAGCGAUUCAAGUUCUUUGCCAUUCCCGCACACAACGGCACACUGCAGCACGACUUCGAAUGUGUUCAAGUGGGCUUCGCCCUUAUGAACAUGUUCUUCGAGCCAGUGUACGGCGACCUGGUGCACCACGAUGUGGCCAAUGUGAUGCGCCAACGUUUGCACAUGCCCAACGUCUUGAAGCCCCUUGUCGAAGCGCUCAACCUCACGCAGAAGCAAGUCGCCUUCCAGCCGCUCGAGGAUCGGUCACACGCCAUCGAGACACUGUUUCCCGCACUCACCAGCGAGCAGCUCUUUGACAUCUCCUUGGGCAAGUACCAGCAGAAGAAUGCCGUGAGCUACGUGGCUGAGCACCAGGCUUCUCACGGCGGCACCUUCUUCGUGACCAUUUUAUGUGUGUAUGUCCUUGCAGCAAUACCUCUGACAGAGCCGGGCAUUCACGUAUGUGCCAUUGACUAUUCUCCCUUACUGGGGGGCUUUGCUGUGGUCCUGAGUGAUGGGCGAGCUGCAUUCCUUACUGCUUCUACCCUCCAUUUUGAUCCCAAUCAAAUGCAAGGAAUCUGGGCAACACGGUUGGAUGAUGCCAUCUGCACAGCAGUGAACCACAAAUAUCGCCUCAUUGCAUAUGGUCGACGCAAUUCCCGAGGAAUCAUCUACUGUAUUGAUGAGGAGACAGGAGCUCUUCAAGAGUCCCAUACCUUGGUCCUAAGUGAAAAGGACUAUUCUGGUCCUCCACGUCCAGUAAGCCUUCUGUGUUGGUGUCCUGAUGGAAGUGUCCUGGCUAUGACGUGGAAAGGAGGGGGUUUUGCUCUAUGGAGUGUCUUUGGCUCCUUGCUCAUGUCCUCCCUGGCAUGGGAUUAUGGAUCUCAUGUCUCCUUCACCCAACAUCCCUUCGAUGUCAUCUCCCUGGAAUGGGGCACAGAAGGUUACACUCUGUGGAUGGCGUGUCGUGAAAAUGCCAUGCAGAGUACAUCAACUUCUGUUUCAACUACCAAUCCAUACACAGGGGGAGGAGGUCUUCUGAUGAUCCCUCCAUCACAUCAGUUUCAUAACCAUCAAAUUAACCAGCAUUACCAAUACCUCUAUGAGGUCUACCAGUUCCAAAUGGUCAAAAGUGCCCUCACUGUUAAUCCUGCUAUGUGUUAUCAAGAGAGGCUUCUGCUUCAAGGCGAGGAUCGAAUCUACAUCAACGCCAACGAGAGUCUCACUAAAUCUGGCUCAGAGAAGGUGAUUCAACAUCUUCCUGUAUAUGUGGAAUCCCGUGAUGAAGUCUUCACCCCGAAGACACAGCUUCCACCCAGUCAGGUCGGCAACAAGCAGUGGAUCGUUGUCUCCAUCCCGUACACCUACACCAGCACCAACUGGCCCAUUCGAUACACAGCCUUGGAUGCAAGUGGACACAAUCUUGCUGUGGCAGGACGGCUUGGCAUCGCUCAUUAUUCCCUCCAGUCUCGGAAGUGGAAACUCUUUGGUAGUGAAAACCAAGAGCGAGACUUCCUUGUCACAGGAGGCCUUCUAUGGUACCGAGAGCAUAUCGUCCUUGGUUGCUACAACAUCCCUCACAAGCAGGACGAACUGCGUUUUUAUCCACGGGACCUGAAACUGUCCAAUGGGAAUGCCCGGAUCGUCAAGCUGGAGAGCCAAGUCAUUGUCCUCAGCUUGCACCAAGACACACUUGCUGUCUAUGGAGCUGAUAAUCUGAUGAGGAUCUUUGGAAUUUCAUCAUCUGAUUCAGGGGUACACCUGGAGCAAUACCAGAGCCUGAACCUGGCACCAUUGGUGUUCCACCCGGCCUGUGUGGUGUCGAUGGCUCUCACUUCCAUCCGGACCGACAUGAGUCGACACCACAGCAGCGGCAGUUCAAACAGUGGGCCCGGUUCGUCCAGGGUCGAGGGGAUCAUCCUCAACAUUUCGGGUCGUCUCAUGCUCCUCCCCGUCGAACUGGGGUCUCCUGAUCCUGACGACUAUGAUGACUUUGGCCGGGUCACUGCAGGUCUGCCAACAGUGUUGGCAUCUUGUGUGGAGAACGUGUGGCUCCCUGGCUGGAAGAGUGGGGUCAAGCCUCAUCUAACUGAAUCCCUCUGGCUUCAUUGUGGGGCCAUGGGGAUGCGUGUGUGGCUUCCUCUUCUCCCACAUCAGGGGGACAAGGCUUUCAUGGCCAAGCGCAUCAUGAUCCAAGCACCUGUCUCCAUUUAUCCCCUUGCUGUGCUGUAUGAGGCAGCAGUGGUCCUCGGCGUGGAGACGGAUACCAUCCUUUUCCCUCAGCAAACCACAUCCCAUGCUCCCAAGCUUCCGUUCUGUGUUCUGGAGAGAACGAGCGAGGUUUACCUGCAGCAUGUUCUCAGACAGCUGUUGAGGAGAAACCUUGGCCUUCCUGCUUGGGAGAUUGCUCGUACUUGCUCCAGUCUUCCUUAUUUCCCGCAUGCACUGGAGCUGCUGCUUCACAAGGUGGUGGAGGAAGAG